AAUUUUUCAUGGGUCCAAAGGAUGAAAACAUGCGGCGUGAAUGGGAAUUCGGAUCGAAACACCGUCGGAUUGAAGAUAGAAAAGCGCUGCGUACAAGGAUGUUUCCACAAUUACCACAGCCUUGGAGAUCCCAAUACUUGACUGAAGAAAAAGUGGGCUUCGCCAUCCUCCAACGUCAACAUCGUCUCGUCUCAAUCUUGAACGAGACAAAGGAUCACGAUGGCCUCGAAGGCCGACCAACAUACGACGGAAAUCCAUCGGAGCUGGAAAGAGAACUGAAGAAACUCGAUGAGGAAUACUGGAAACAUCAGAUUCGCCUUGGAGAGGUGGCCGAUCAAAGCCCCGAUUCCCCGAGCGUGGAUGAGAUAUACUUGCUGCGGAGCUCCGCCGACAGAUAUAAUCGGUCUUUUGCUUGGGUGAAGGGUCGCCAGGCGUGUACGGAUCUGGGAGGAUACUGCGGUCGUUCUUGUGGCUGCUGCGAGAGGGUGCUUCGUCAAUAUACUCGGCCUUCUGAGAAAGCGGAUACUCCGGAAGGAGUGAUUGUGGAGGUUCGGGGUCAUUGUACGGUCGAGUGUGCUUGCUGUAUACAGCACCGGGGAUGUUAUCUACCUCAUCCGCGUCUUCCUCCCACAGAAGUAUCUCCGGAAAUUAUAGUUUAA